AUGGAGCAGAACAGAGCAGGACGGUGUUUACAGAGAAAAGGCUCAGGAGUCUCAGAGGUAGAGAUCAGACGAGAGAAGAGGCAAAGGGAUACGUCCCCUUCUUUUCUUUUGAUUUUUGAGAGUGAUCCAAACAUCAAGCUGGCGGCAGAUGAGACGAAGAGCUUGCCGGUGGAGGGAGAUGGUGCCGGAGGCCGGGACAGCCCAGCAGACAGGGAGUGCCCCGGAAAGCUGGUGCGCGUUGAGCUGGAGUGGGACAUCCCCAUGGCAGUGACGCUGCCAGUGCAGGUGCAACCUGACCCCGCAAACCAACCCUUCCCCUUCCUGGACACGACACUGGCUGACCUGGGCAUCGAGGAGUCAGAGGUGAAGGAGAGGGUGGUGUGGGUCGACACCAAGAAGACGCAGGUGAAGAACAAAGCAGGGAAGCUGAAGGAGAAGGAGAUCACCAUCCUGGAGGUGCGAGUGAAAGCCCAGAGGCCCGGAGAUGAAGAGCUCCAGGAGGUGUUGUACAGCACUGAGGCCCACACUGACCGCUCCUUCUGUCGCACUGGAAUGAACAUCCUGCCUUGGAAACAGAGAUACACAGACAAUGGAUUGACACCCGUGCAGAUGACGAUGGCUUUGGACGUGGAAAAUGAGCAGCUGGACUCGACUGAGGCGCACGGACAGAGGGAUAUCUGAAGAGAAACAUCUCAGACCUGGGUGUGUGUGUGUUUCGCUAUAAAUCACUGAGCUGCACAUUUGCUUCAUCUUUAGAAGGAGGUUAACAUAGUUGUUUAACUAAUCCAAGGCAAAGUUUGCAUUUGUUUAGAGGAUUCAAAGUGUCUCAUUCUACACCAGGUCGAAUGUGUAAGUUUUAAAUCUGCCUGAAUUGAAAGAUUAUUUAUUUUUUUCCUAAAUUGUUGCAUUUAUAAAAAGAAAAAGAAUCUCUUUCACUUGUCGAUUGUGUGGCAGGACACGUUUGUAUAGUUAAGUCUGUCCAACUCUUGAAAUAUAUACGAUGUAAAGUGUUCAGCAAAUAAAGCUGAUUCUGAUGGAACCAUAACAGAGGAUGAAACUUCAAAUGUGGACGCCACACACAGAUUUGUCCAGCUUUCAUCAUUCAGAAUGACUGAAAUCCAGUUCAAUUAAAAUGUUAUCUUAAACCA